AUGACAACUACUGUGACUACUAGGGUUUUGACGGAUCUGGUGCAAGAUGCUACGAUGGUAGAUAUUGGUGGCACGGAUCGACCACCGGGGGAGCCUCCGGAUACACUGGGAUCAUGGGUGUCGAAGGUGACUGGUCGAACUGUGGGUGGCAUGCCGAACCCGGACUCUAUUGUUGAUGACGCGUUUGUGAUGGAGAGAGUAUCUAUGGCGUUUUCGUAUAAUGAAGAUGGGGAACCGGAGAUAACUAUUGGGCAGGAAGUUCUGGACGCUAUGAAUGGGUUGUUGAAGAGUUGCAUGAUUGUUAAAGUGUUAGGACGAAGUAUGCCGAUUGCGGUCCUGCAGAGGAAGUUGAGGGUGUUGUGGAAACCAAAAGGGGCGAUGUAUGUCAUGGAUCUCCCACGGCAAUUCUUUAUGGUCCGGUUUGACGUUGAGGAGGAGUAUAUGGUAGCGUUGACAGGAGGACCAUGGAGGAUUUUUGGUAAUUAUCUGAUGGUCCAGGCUUGGACGCUGGAGUUUGAUCCUCUCAAGGAUGAGAUUACUACAACUCCGGUUUGGGUGAGGAUUUCCAUCUUACCAUAUAAUUUUUACCAUAAAGCUAUUCUCUCAUGGAUCGCCCAGAGUUUGGGGAGGCCAGUGAAAGUGUAUCGAACAACGUUAUCCUUUGAGAGGGGACGGUUUGCUUGA